AUGGUCGUACUUGACCAAGACGAUUUGACUGGAGUGGAAACUACCACCACUGUUACUGCUACAAGCACAGGAAUUGAUCCAAGGUACAAGUCUUGGAGGAGAAGUGUAUUGAGGGGAUUGUCUGUGAAGAACAAACUAGGUUUCAUAAGCGGUGAGUGCAAAAAACCAGAUCCUUCGUCACCACAAUUUUGCCAAUGGGAGCAAUGUGAUAAUAUGGUGACGUCUUGGAUCCUAAAUUUACUUUAUAAGGAAAUCGCAGACAGUGUAGAAUAUGCAAAUGAUGUUGUUGAACUUUGGAAGGAACUGGAGGAUCGCUAUAAACAAACUAAUGGAUCUAGGCUGUAUCAAAUUCAGAAUAUAAUCAACGACCUUUCUCAAGGUACUCUUGAUAUUACUACUUACUAUACUAAAUUGAAGAAACUUUGGGAAGAACUCACUACGUUGAACAAAAGGGCUCAAUGCAGUUGUACCUGUAAUUAUGGUGUAAAAGAGAGUAUGUACAAAGCUGAGCAAGAUAGGAGACUGAUACAGUUCCUUAUGGGAUAG